AAACGACUUCCGGCGCGGGUACGGGUCGGCGCACGCGGUCUCAGUCCGGUUGACUUUGCGGAGCCAUGGAGGGUGGCUUCGGCUCGGACUUCGGGAGCUCCGGCGGCGGCGGCAAACUGGACCCGGGGCUCAUCAUGGAGCAGGUGAAGGUGCAGAUCGCCGUGGCCAACGCGCAGGAGUUGCUGCAGAGGAUGACGGACAAGUGCUUCCGGAAGUGCAUCGGGAAGCCGGGGGGCUCCCUGGACAAUUCGGAGCAGGUGAGGCGCGUGGGGCCGCGGGGAGGCACGUAAGCGUGCGCGGACCAACGGGCGU